AUGGGCUUCUUUUCUAAACAAUCGCUUCAUUUUGUAUUUUAUAUCAGUCCCUUAGCUAUUCACUGCCUUUUUCUUAGUAUAUCAUCAUCAACCGCUCUAGACAUCACCACAGAUACAGAAGCUUUGAUCUCAUUUAAGUCCCAAUUGAGUGAUAUUGAUACUCUUCACCCUCUAUCUUCUUGGAACCAGAGUUCAUCAUCACCAUGCAACUGGUAUGGUGUUACCUGUAAUAGGUUUGGCCAAAGAGUGGUAGGCUUAAAUCUUUCAAGCUUAAGACUCUCAGGUCAGUUAAGCCCCUAUAUAGGUAACCUCUCUUUUCUGGAGUCCCUUCAGUUGCAGGGUAACCAGUUUACAGGAGUGAUUCCCGAGCAAAUUGGCCAUCUCAUUAGGUUAAGAGCCCUAGACUUGAGUUCUAACAGAAUAGAAGGCAUGCUUCCCUCAAACAUCACUCGCUUGGUCAACCUCGUCAAACUGAACUUAUCUUCAAACAAUAUAGCCAGCCAAAUUCCUCAAGAUAUUGAUAGCAUGAAAAAGCUUCAAGUCCUGAAACUGGGAAGCAAUAAGUUUUAUGGUGCAAUUCCACCUACUCUCGGAAAUAUUUCAUCACUCACAAAUAUCAGCUUUGGCACAAACAGUCUGAGGGGUGGGAUUCCCAAUGAAUUUGGCAGGCUCAAGAACUUAACUGAGCUUGAUCUCACCAUUAACAAUCUCACUGGGACUAUUCCUCCUUCUAUUUAUAACUUAUCUUCCCUUGUUAACUUGGCUGUUGCUGCCAACGAUUUUUGGGGUGAUAUUCCUCAGGAUGUUGGUCACAAACUUCCAAAACUUCUAGUGUUCAAUUUCUGCUUUAAUAGAUUCACAGGUAGAAUUCCUGGGUCUCUUCACAAUCUUACCAACAUCCGAGUUAUCCGCAUGGCCUCAAAUCUCUUGGAAGGAACAGUGCCACCAGGUCUUGGAAAUCUUCCAUUCCUUCGCAUGUAUAAUAUAGGAUAUAAUAGGAUAGUAAGCUCAGGAGACAGAGGUCUAGACUUCAUUACUUCACUGGCAAACAGCACCCUCUUGAACUUUCUUGCAAUUGAUGGCAAUAGGUUGGAAGGUGUAAUUCCAGAGACCAUUGGAAAUCUCUCCAAGGUUCUCUCAAAAUUAUACAUGGGAGGGAAUCGUUUGUAUGGAAACAUACCCCCAUCAAUUGGAAAUCUUAGAGGCUUGAGUUUGUUAAACUUGAGUCACAAUGAUGCAAUCUCAGGAGAAAUUACUUCCGAGCUAAGCCAAUUGGAGGAACUGCAAGAGCUAAAUCUGGCUGGGAAUCAGAUAUCUGGAAGUAUUCCAAACUCCCUUGGUCGUCUCCAGAAGCUAAACAGUCUUGAUUUAUCAAGCAAUCAGCUUGUGGGUGAAAUACCAACAAGUUUUGGGAAUUUUCAGAGCAUUGUCUUCAUGGACUUGUCUCAUAACAAGCUCAACGGAAGCAUACAUAGACAGAUUCUAAGUCUCUCUUCUCUAAGCACUGUUUUUAACUUGUCUAAGAACUUCUUAAGUGGAUCUUUGCCUCAAGAGGUAGGGAAUUUGAUCAGAGUUUCUACCUUAGACUUCUCUGACAAUCUUUUGGUUGGUGAUAUCCCCAGCUCAAUUAGCAAUUGUCUAAGCCUAGAAAGGCUAUUUUUGGCACGAAAUAUGCUUUCUGGUCUUAUUCCAAAAGCUUUAGGAAGCAUCAGAAGCUUGGAAAUUCUUGACCUUUCUUCCAACCAACUCUCUGGAUCCAUUCCUGUUGAACUUCAAAAUCUAAAAGCCCUGCAGUUAUUGAACCUUUCUUAUAAUGACCUAGAAGGAGCAGUUCCCAGUGGUGGUGUUUUCGCAAAUCUCUCUUCUUUCCAUUUUGAAGGCAAUAAGAAACUGUGCUUACUUUCCUCGUGUGUGACUCAAGGCCAUGGAAAAAAGAUCUUCGUAGUUUCUAUCACCGUAGCUAUCGUGGUGACAUUGAUACUAUGUUUCACAAUUGGCUUAUUGUAUGUGAGGAGUAGAAAAUCAAAGGCAGCAACCCCGCUUAAAACGGUGGAGCCAUAUCAUCCCAUGGUCUCUUAUGAUAAGCUUCGACGAGCCACUGGGGACUUCAGUCAAGAAAAUUUAAUCGGAACUGGAAGCUUUGGUUUGGUGUACAAAGGCCAUCUCGGUGAAGUGAGCAUCAGCACUGUUGCAGUAAAAGUACUAGAUACUUUAAGGUCAGGCUCCUUGAAGAGUUUCUUCGCAGAAUGUGAGGCUUUGAAGAAUGCACGGCAUCGAAAUCUAGUAAAGCUAAUCACGUCGUGUUCUAGUAUAGACUUCAAGAACAAUGAAUUUCUGGCUUUGGUUUAUGAGUUCAUAUGCAACGGCAACUUGGAUGAUUGGAUUAAGCAAAAGAAAAGGCAUGCAAAUGGAAAUGGGUUGAAUCUUAUGGAAAGACUGAAAAUUGCCAUUGAUGUUGCUUGUGCAUUGGAUUAUCUUCACAAUGACACUGAAACUCCCAUUGUGCAUUGUGAUUUGAAGCCUAGCAAUGUUCUUCUGUGUGAAGAUAUGAGUGCAAAGGUGGGCGAUUUUGGAUUGGCUAGACUGUUGAUUGAAAGACCAACUAAUCAAGUCUCAAUAAGCUCCACUCAUGUCCUCAAAGGUUCAAUCGGCUACAUACCUCCAGAGUAUGGAUGGGGAGAAAAGCCAUCAGUAGCAGGAGAUGCAUACAGUUUUGGGAUUGUAUUGCUAGAACUCUUUUCUGGGAGGAGCCCAAUAGAUGAUAGAUUCACAGGUGGCCUGAGCUUAACAAGAUGGGUUCAAUCAGCAUUCCCAGACAAGAUUGAGCAAGUCGUAGACCCUCAGCUUCUAUCACACACUUUUGACAAUGACCUUGCUCCUAAAGGUCCAAAUCUGCAGCUGAUUGAUUGUGUGACUACAAUUCUGAGAAUUGGGUUAUCCUGCACUGCAGAUUCUCCAGAUGGACGCCUUAAGAUGAAGGAUGUUGUUGCAAAAUUGAAAAAUGUCAGAGACACUUUCUUGAAACUCAACAAGAACAUUCACUCCAACCAUUAGUUUUAAUGUUGGAAAUAGUAAAUUUAAAUAUUAUGUCUUUUAGGAAUGCAAGAGUCUCUUAGCAUACAAAGUUUAUGAAUCUUAACGUACUUAGAAAUAUGUGAUAGAUGGUUUUUAGUAACUUUAUUAAAAUAUAUAGGAGGAUGUUUACGGGUUAUGAAAAUUAGUAUAAAUUGACCAAGUGUUUUGUGUUUUCCGUUUUGUAUGGGGUUGUAGUAAGAGUGAAAUUUCAGAUAUACAAGUAAUAAUAUUUGU